GGGCACGGGGCAGCAGCACAGGCAGAGCCCAGACACCGUGCACGGCUGCCACUGCCACUGCUGCUGCCAUGGGGAGCCUCAGCUACUACCUCCUGCUCGCCCUGGCCCUGCUUGACCCCCAUGCCGCCGCUGCCAGGAAGUGCAACCUGCAGGGCCUGUGGAGGAAUGAGCUGGGCUCCAACAUGACCCUCUCAGCCCUGGAUGCGUCUGGGACCUUCUCGGGCUCCUACCACACCGCCGUGGCAGCCACCAACAAGCAGAUCCUGGAGUCACCACUGCAAGGGGCCCAGCAGCACCCCAGUGCCAAGGGGCAGCCCACCUUUGGCUUCACCGUGCAGUGGCAGUUCGCAGACUCUACCACUGCCUUUGUGGGCCAGUGUUUCAUGGACCGACGUGGGAAGGAGAUAUUGGAGACCAUGUGGCUUCUGCGGGAAGAGGUCCCAUCCCGCAGGGAUGUGUGGAGAGCCACCAGGGUUGGUACCUCCAUCUUCACACGCAUCAAGUGAUGGAGACAGGGACCAGAGCUGUCUGCACCCUGCUGUCCUGCCUUCAUCCCCGAGGCUCUCUGCUGCCUCCAUUCCAGGCUGGGCUCCCACCUGCUCCCAGCAUCCUGGCUGGAAAACACACCCUCACCCUGCCCUGCUUCCUCCCAGUGCCUCCCAGCAGCCAGCUAGAGGGGCACAGCUUCCCAAACCUUGCUGCCCCCACACAGCAGCCAAAUAAACCUUUCUCCACCUGGCAGAGAA